ACAUACUGAACAUGCAAGGGGCAGUGUUGAGGCACUUUUGAACAAAACAGAUGAGCACUACAGUGUGUUACCACUGAAGCUGAGAGGGUAGACCAACGCAAACCGAGGGUAGCGCAAGGAUUGGACUGGGUGAAUGCAGCCCUCAACAGUGGUGAUUGCGGCAUUCUUUUCCACCAUUUUUGGGGAGAUAAGAGGACACCCAAAGUAACGUGAACAUUCGUCGAAGGGUCAUGUUUCGUUCAUAAGACUAACAAUUUACUAUUCGUGUCAUCAGGCAGUUAUCUGAAUGCAUAUUUCAUAGUUGGCAAGCUGUAUUUUUUCUUCUGAAAUUGUUGACUUUUAAAGAGACUGAGGCGGCUGAGUAACGUUAAACGAAAUAAGGAGCCGAUAGUCCACCAUGGAUAACGCUCACACAAAGAGUGUUGAAGAAGUUUAUAGCGAUUUUUCUGUCAACGAAAGCACAGGACUUGGUUUGGACCAGGUGAAACGUCAGAAGGAGAAAUGGGGCUCGAACGAGCUACCUGCUGAAGAAGGGAAGUCUCUAUGGGAGCUUGUUGUUGAACAGUUUGAAGAUUUACUUGUAAGAAUUCUUCUGCUGGCAGCUUGUAUAUCUUUUGUCUUGGCCUUAUUCGAGGAUGGAGAAGAAACAAUCACAGCCUUUGUGGAGCCUUUUGUAAUCUUACUCAUUCUUAUAGCCAAUGCCAUAGUGGGUGUGUGGCAGGAACGCAAUGCUGAGGAUGCCAUUGAAGCCCUUAAAGAGUACGAGCCUGAGAUGGGCAAGGUCUACCGCCAGGACAGGAAGACCGUUCAGAGGAUCAAGGCUAAAGAAAUCGUGCCUGGAGACAUCGUGGAGGUUGCUGUUGGAGACAAGGUUCCUGCAGACAUCCGUCUUACAUCCAUCAAAUCUACAACCCUGAGAGUAGAUCAGUCCAUCCUGACCGGUGAGUCUGUCUCUGUCAUCAAGCACACGGACCCAGUGCCUGACCCUCGAGCUGUCAACCAGGACAAGAAGAACAUGCUCUUCUCUGGCACCAACAUCUCGUCUGGCAAGGCUAUUGGUGUGGUGGUGGCCACGGGCGUGAACACUGAGAUUGGUAAGAUCCGUGAUGAGAUGGCAGCCACUGAGCAGGAGAAGACCCCCCUGCAGCAGAAGCUGGAUGAGUUCGGGGAGCAGCUGUCCAAGGUCAUCUCCCUGAUCUGCAUCGCUGUGUGGAUGAUCAACAUCGGCCACUUCAACGACCCCGUCCACGGAGGCUCCUGGAUCCGCGGCGCCGUCUACUACUUCAAGAUCGCCGUGGCCCUGGCUGUGGCCGCCAUCCCCGAGGGUCUGCCUGCUGUCAUCACCACCUGCCUGGCCUUGGGCACCCGCCGCAUGGCCAAGAAGAACGCCAUCGUCCGCAGCCUACCCUCUGUGGAGACCCUGGGCUGCACCUCUGUCAUCUGCUCCGACAAGACCGGCACCCUCACCACCAACCAGAUGUCUGUCUGCAGGAUGUUCAUCAUUGACCAGGCCGACGGGAACAGUUGCUCUCUGAAUGAGUUCACCAUCACUGGCUCUACUUACGCACCUGAAGGAGAAGUGUACCAGGAUGGCAGACUAGUGAAGUCCUCUGCGUAUGAUGGUCUAGUGGAGAUUGCCACCAUCUGUGCCCUGUGCAAUGACUCCUCUCUGGACUUCAAUGAGGCCAAAGGUGUGUAUGAGAAGGUUGGCGAGGCUACAGAGACGGCUCUCACCUGCCUGGUGGAGAAGAUGAAUGCGUUUGACACCGAUGUCAAAGGCCUGACCAAGAUCGACAGGGCCAACGCCUGCAACUCUGUGAUCAUGCAACUGAUGAAGAAGGAAUUCACCCUGGAGUUCUCCAGAGACAGGAAGUCCAUGUCUGUGUACUGCACCCCCAACAAGGCCCGCUCCUCACUUGGAAAGAUGUUUGUCAAGGGUGCCCCCGAGGGAGUUAUUGACAGAUGUACUCAUGUCAGAGUGGGCACCUGCAAGGUUGCCAUGACCCCGGGAAUCAAAGAGAGGAUCAUGUCUACGAUCCGUGGGUACGGGACUGGGCGUGACACCCUGCGCUGCCUGGCUCUGGCCACCCGGGACACCCCACCCAGGAAGGAGGACAUGGUGCUGGUUGAUUGUGCCCGCUUCGUUGAUUAUGAGUCUGACCUGACCUUCGUGGGCUGCGUUGGCAUGCUGGACCCUCCCAGGACCGAGGUGGCUGCCUCCAUCAAGCUGUGUCGCCUAGCCGGCAUCCGCGUCAUCAUGAUCACCGGCGACAACAAGGGCACUGCCGUGGCCAUCUGCCGCCGUAUCGGCAUCCUGGGUGAGGAAGACGACGUGGACAAAAUGGCGUUCACUGGCCGCGAGUUUGACGACCUGUCCCUUCAGGCCCAACGCGAUGCUGUUAUCAACGCCCGCUGCUUCGCCCGUGUCGAGCCCUCCCACAAGUCCAAGAUCGUUGAGUUCCUGCAGGCCAUGGACGAGAUCACAGCCAUGACUGGUGAUGGAGUGAACGAUGCUCCUGCCUUGAAGAAGGCAGAGAUUGGCAUCGCCAUGGGCUCUGGCACUGCCGUGGCCAAGUCGGCCUCUGAGAUGGUCCUGGCCGAUGACAACUUUUCUUCCAUUGUGGCGGCUGUGGAGGAGGGCAGAGCCAUCUACAACAACAUGAAGCAGUUCAUCCGCUACCUCAUCUCCUCCAACGUGGGAGAGGUCGUCUGUAUCUUCCUGACGGCUGCUCUGGGCUUCCCUGAGGCUCUGAUCCCCGUUCAGCUGCUGUGGGUCAACCUGGUGACAGAUGGUCUCCCUGCCACCGCACUGGGCUUCAACCCCCCAGACCUGGACAUCAUGAACAAGCCCCCCCGCAGUGCCAAGGAGCCCCUCAUCUCUGGAUGGCUCUUCUUCAGAUACCUGGCCAUCGGCUGCUAUGUGGGAGCUGCCACAGUGGGAGCCGCUACCUGGUGGUUCGUGGCUGCUGAGGAUGGCCCUAUGAUUUCUCUGUACCAGCUGAGCCACUUCCUGCAGUGUUCCCCUGACAACCCUGACUUCUCAGACCUGGAGUGUCAUGUGUUUGAGUCCCCCUACCCCAUGACCAUGGCCCUGUCUGUGCUUGUAACCAUUGAGAUGUGCAAUGCCCUUAACAGCCUGUCAGAGAACCAGUCCCUGCUGCGUAUGCCUCCCUGGGAGAACAUCUGGCUGCUGGGGGCCAUCUGCCUCUCCAUGUCCCUCCACUUCCUCAUCCUCUAUGUGGAGCCACUGCCCGUCAUCUUCCAGAUCACCCCUCUGGACCUGACCCAGUGGCUGGUGGUGCUGAAGAUCUCCCUGCCCGUCAUCCUGCUGGAUGAGCUGCUAAAGUUCGUGGCCAGGAACUACCUGGAACCCGGUAACCAGCCAGAGUCUAAGUCAGCCAGCAAAGGCUGGUCCCUCUCUGCAUGCACAGAGGGCAUCUCCUGGCCCUUUGUGGGCAUCACCCUCCCCCUGGUGCUGUGGCUCUACAGCAUCGACACUAACGUGUCUGCCCUGUUCUGGUCCUGACUACACCACACAACCCUCUAAGUGCACCAGUGUGAGUGGAGAUUAACACACGUCUAACAAAAUCCCCCAUUAACCAGGAUCAACUACAACAACCACAUCAACUGCAGUGAGAGCUCAAGUCAACAUUUGUACCUGUGUUGAUGACAGAUGUAAUCUGUGAGCCCUCUGCUGGUUCGUCUCCAGGACAUUUUCACCAUUCCGCUUUUUUAUUCAUAUUUUUAAUGCUUUUUGUUUGUCAUUUGGCCAUGUCUUUUAAUUUAAUAUCAAGCUUUUGGUUGUUGUUUUUUUUGCUCCCCAUUCUUUUUGAACGGGCAUAAAUAAAAUCUGCUAUUUAGGAGCUGUUCUGUGUACAGAGAAUUAACACUAUUUUAUCAAAAUUAAGAUUUUUGUAGCUUUGGGAAGGCGGGGGGGGCAGCGCACAGAACUCAAAACGUUUCACUUGUUUUCAGUGUGAACUUUGACCUCUGAAGAACUUGUAGAUAACUAUGCUGUGCCAUAACUGUAAGGACCAUCAUUUGCACUGAAUCAGAAGUCUGUACCAAAACUGCAUGUAUUCUGCCCAGGCAUGAAUAACGGGGAUUUCUUCACCAAAUUAAUGAUUGUUCGUUCCCCUGUUUGCUUUUUGUUGUGUUUAUUUCUGCUCUAGUCAGAGCACAGCUACCUCAAUACUAUUGAUAUCACAAUUGAUUACUACGUUUUCCUCAGUAAGCUUUUCAUAAACAUUGUCAUAUUGAGUGUUGAGGUAUGUGCCAUUUCGCUUGUGAAUAAGGAAAUCUAGAGCCCUCAUUUGCCUUUUUAUGUUGCUUUUUUAAAGUUAAUCUGUGUUCUUUUGAUGUUCCUUGAGGGCGGUUAGGAGAAAUAUGUAAAUGUUACCUUAGUUCAAUUCAAAGCAGUUUUUUGUAAUAUAGACAAGCCUGUCGUUAAACACGUUUACUUGAACACAAUAUAUUCUGUCUUUUCAUUAAGGUGAA